UACUCUGUUCUCAGGCUCACACUAACAGCAUCCCAUUACUCACCUCAACUGAAAAAAAUGGCAGAUAAUAACUAUGCAUUUUACAUACAUGGAGCCGAGGAACAAGUGUGUUCUGGAUACCUUUACAAAUCUCCCCCGGAAAAUCUAUUCAAGUCUCAGAAAUCUUGGAAAAGGAGGUUUUUUGUUCUUCUAAAGUACACAGAUAACAUAUGCCAACUUAAGUACUACAAAAAUGAAGAGAAGAACAAAACACUGGGAGACAUUGACUUGUCUAGGAUCAGCCUGUUGUUUGUUGGCCCCGAGGCACAUCAGAAGUGGGAAUGGAUCCAGAAAAACUUCAAAUGUUCUCCAUCCUCUGUGCUGUUCUUGAGGGUAGAAGACGACACACCAAAACAUUCAAGAGACUACUUCCUCAUUGGAAAAAACAGUGCUGAUGUGGAUGGUUGGCUCAACGCCUUAGUCAAGGUAAUGAAGACCCAGAAAUCAAGAAAUACCCUUCAGGAGAAUAGAUUUAGAUCAGCAUCUGAACCUAGUUCAGAAGCAAAGGCUGAGGGUGAGCCUGAUGACAGACGUUCAGCACAUGAAUCAAUGCUAACUUACCCGUUAAUGUACAGCCAUUAUGACUAUCCUCGCAAGCUCAGCGAACCUCCACUACCAGUAGCGCUCAAGAUUCCAGUUACUGAGGAUGAAGAUGAUGAGGAGGAGAUGCAGGAUGAAUCUGCAGAAGAGAGUAAUACAGAAUACAUGACCAUGGAAUCAUUGCAAAGUGCUUUGAAAGUUGAAAAACAGGAUAUGGACACUACAUGCAGGCAGGAAAAUGAAGCACACACACAUGUUGAGAAGGAGAUCUGCGUUAGUCAAAAUGAUCUGAAAAACAGUCUGAUCCUGACUCAGGAAGAAGGCAAACCAUGUGUCUCUGACUGUCGGAAGAUUCAGGCCUCGUGUCUCUUCCAUAAGGGGGACCAAAUCCUGGCCUUCAAUGACCUGCUUAUAGACACAGUAGAAGAGAUACAAACAUACGCAAGAAGACUAAGCAAGGACGAGGUAAAACUCACUAUUCGGCGGCUCAUAGGAUCCCAGCCUCUGCACUCUGAACCCUGUCUAUCAUAAUGAGGACAAGAAACUAAUCUCUUGUGAAUUCAUCAAGAUAUUAGAAAUAUGUCUGUGGGACAUUAAAUCUAAUUCAUUCAAGUCUAAUCAUACAGGUGGGAAACAAGGUGUAAAUGAAGAACAGAAGAGCAGUCAGGAUAUCUGAAGUAACUUGUCCUCUUUUGACUGUACAUUAAUCAAGUAAAUGUGUAAAACAAUGUGAAUGUUAAAUUUAUUGACCUUAAAAUGUCACUGAAUAAAAAUAAAUAAGUAAGAUUUAGACAGUAUAUGUACAUGAAACUAUGAGUGGUAGUGGGUUUAUUAGUUCACAUCUGUUAAUGUGAAACAUGAGUCAAGUAUUACUUUCUAAGAAGUAUGAAGGUUAAUUCAC